GAUCAUUACGAAGUAUCUCAGAACUCCCACAAAUUGAUCGGUACCGCAAAUACAUGACCAAGAAGUCUCUCUCCGAACUGAAAAUAGGACACGACAACAUAUGUUGUAAUCACCCUGAAGGGGCCAUAACAAGGUUAAAUGCCGACUUGCUGGAAGCCAACGAGAAAGCUGAAAAUGAGACGGCCUUAUUUAUUAGGAUUGGUUGAAGAGUGUGGUUAGUUUGACGCCUAGAGCUUGAGAGUGUCAUUGUAUAUCUUAGAUUCGAAUUCAAUCUUUUAGAGAGAAAGAUAUGGAAGAAGCAAGGGAUCAGUAGUGAAGCAAGUAUUUGUAGCAAAGUACAAAGAUGAAACUUGAGCUGCCCAGAUCGACCAAACUCAUCAGAGAUAUGGCCAACCUCUUUAACCUCAUCGAGCCAAUGAAGUCCUUACACUGCUUGGCAUCCUCUGCUUUGCCGCUUGAGAAUAUUUACAAGAGAGUUAGAGAUGCAACUGAGAUGAACACCGACAAAGAAGAAUGGGCAUGGAUGUGGGCGCUGAGAAGAAGAUUCAAGGUUUCACUCAUGUCUUUGAAUGCACCUUUGAGAGUAUGGAGGGUAUCGCAGAGUAUGUUGCUCGUCCUGCCCAUAAAGAAUAUGCAAAGACCGUCAUGCCUAACGUGGAGAAGUUUCAAGUGUUUGAUUACAAACUCACUAAGGCCAUCAUCUAGAACCCUGCUUUGUCGUCUCUCGACUGAACAAGGAUGCAUUUGAACUAUUUUUAUAUAAAUUGUGUUUGAUGAACUUAUUUGAGUCUCUCUAUAUCUCUCAGACAAUGUAUUGGGGUAAAUAUGGUGAUCUACUUUAAUGCAUAGCUGUAGACUCUGCUUUUCUU